AUGGCUGUUGUGAAAUCCACCUCGCUGGUUCGUGAAUUUAUCGAGGCAGACACUACCAAUCAAUCUGUCGACCCCGCGCAUGAAGCCUUCCAGCAAGGUAUAGUACGAUUUCGAGACAGCCUUACUCAAGACCUGAGGAAAGCCAGUAAGGCUCAGAAAUCAGCUAGUAUUGAGGCAGUAUGGGAUACAGUAGAGGCCGCACAAGUCACAUACGAGUCGAAGCAUGGACAAUCCAAGACUUGGGAACGGCUACGGAGAUUCAAUGGCACGCUUCAAUAUUAUGGCAACAUUAUGGAUGUACUGGUCCAGCAUCAUCCAGAAUAUGUUUCUCUUGCUUGGGGCGCCAUGAAGUUCUUGUUUACUACGUUUUUAAACCACGAAGCUACAAUCUCAGCACUAGCAAAGGCGCUUUGCAAGAUUGGAAACAUGUUACCGCGCGUCCGGCUAGCGAUAGCGUUAUAUCCCACGAAGCGGAUGAAAAAUGCUAUAUCCGACUUGUACGCCUACAUCAUCCGCUUCCUCAUCAGAGCUCAUGAUUGGUAUGAGGAGAAUUGGCUCAAGCAUAUUUGGCACUCUGUGACUAGACCUGUUGAGCUUCGAUACAAUGACAUUCUUGAUGAGAUCUCGAUCCGAACUCAGAUAGUCCAUGACUUGGCUGUCGCUGGAGGGCAGGCAGAACAGCGCGUCAUGCACGAGAAGCUCGAUGCUGAAGGCAGCCGAGUCAUGGCCUUGGAAGCCAAGAUUCAAGAGAUGAACGCGCUCCUAAUCGCCUUCAAGACAAUGGCGUCAGGGGCAUUCCUUGAUACAAAUCACCGCCUCACAGACCUUCAGAUAUCCAAUGUCCUGGAUUUCGUUGCCGAUGUUCCCCUGCCCGACCCGGCAAAAGCACUGCGCUUUGGGAUGUUCAUGCGUGAGCAGCGCCGAAGCAAGCACGCCGCGAGGAAUCCAAACCACGCGUGGGUGUCACCCAGGCUACAAACUUGGUCGGACCAAGGAAUCUCCUCGCUAGUCACGAUACGGGGGGCAUAUCAAUCCAGGAAUGACAUGAAAGACCUUUCAGUUGAACUUGUUGAGCUCCUUCAAUGGUCUAACUUACCUGUACUCUGGGCAUUGAAAUCGACAGGCAAGGAUAUCCUCGAUGCUCAACAGCCUUCUGCGAUUGACGUGCUCAAGUAUCUGACCUCGCAAGCCCUUCGACUAAACUCAGCAGCCCCUACCGAGGCUUCAAUGAGUUCUGUCUGCAUGCGUUUCAAGACCGCAAAGACACUGGAUGAAUGGAUUGCAAUAUUGGCAUCUUCGAUACCGGAUGUGGCAACAAUCUACCUGGUCAUCGACGUUGAGAUUCUCAAUUAUGCAUUCACAGAUCUGUCCGGAUCUUUUUGGCCAACGUUCUUCUUCAAGCUUACCAACGAGCUCGAAAAGCAUGCGUGCAAGACAUGUGUCAAAGUUGCGCUCAUUAGUUAUGGACCGACAAAUCUGGUGUUGCCUAGCAAUCCGUCUCAGGCUUCGAAGUACUGGGUGUCAACCGCUAGGGCACCACCACGUCCCUUGAAGGCAAGCUCCCGACGCAGCACUUCGGGAAGUGUUAAGGGAAAGUUUUCCACCCAUACUGGUGGACAGCGCCUCAAAGGCUCACUCAUCCGUUUCAAAAAAUGA